CUGGUUCCUCCCUCUCCUCCUCCUUCCUCGUCCUCGACGCCUCUCUCUCUCUUUCGCUUGGGCGCCGAGGAGAAGUCUUGCGCGCUCCUCCGCGCGCCCUCUUUCGCUUCCCUUGCCCGUCCGCCUGUCUGUGCGCGCCCUCGAUCACAUGGUGCUUCGAGAAAUGCUCCAAAGAUGGCGGUAGCGGCGGCCGGAGGGGGAGGCGGCGUCAGCCGGGUGCAGCGCAGUGGUGCGCUGGAAGUUUUGGUGCGCGACCGGUGGCACCGGGUGCUGGUGAGCCUGAGCGACGAGGCGCUGGUGUUGAGCGCCGACGAGGGUGGCGCUCCCACCGCGGCGGCGUACAACGGCAUCGGGGCGUCGGGCAGCAACGGCAAUGGGACUUUCUGCAGCGGGGCAGCGCUGGGUCCGGCGUCGGGGGGCGCCUCGGCCGCCUGCAGCCUUUCCGGCGGGGGUUCUCCGGAGUCGCCGUCGGGGGGCGGCGGCGGCAUGAGCCCCAAAUCGGGUUUGAUGAGCGGGGUGCGCACGGCUUUCACGGACCUGCCCGAGCAAGUCCCCGAAGCCAUCUCCAACAAGAAGCGGUGCGUCAAGGUGCUCAAGCAGGAGAUGGGCGGGCUGGGCAUCAGCAUCAAGGGGGGCAAGGAGAACAAGAUGCCCAUCCUGAUCAGCAAGAUCUUCAAAGGGCUGGCCGCCGACCAGACCCAGGCGCUCUACGUCGGGGAUGCCAUCCUGGCCGUCAACGGCACGGACCUGCGCGACGCCACUCACGACGAAGCUGUGCAAGCGCUCAAGAGGGCGGGCAAGGAGGUGGCGCUGGAAGUGAAGUACAUGAGAGAAGCCACCCCCUACGUCAAGAAAGGGUCUCCGGUUUCCGAAAUCGGCUGGGAGACCCCCCCACCCGAGUCCCCCCGGCUGGGGAACGCGUCCACCGACCCCCUGUCGCAGCUGUCCCUCUCCAUCCACAGAGACAAGAAGACGAUCCCGCUCAAAAUGUGCUACGUGACGCGGAACAUGGCCGUGUCGGACCCAGAAAACAGGCUUGUAGAAGUUCAUUCGCCAGAUGCCAGGCACACCCUGGUUCUGAGGAGUAAGGAUUCCGCCACGGCGCAGGCCUGGUUCCACUCCAUCCACUCCUGCAUCAGCGAUCUCAUUCCUAAGGCCAUCUCGGAGGUCAAAGAUCAGCUGGGCAAAGCAGGAAUUGCUGGAGCUCGAGAGAUCAGGCACCUCGGCUGGCUCGCAGAAAAGGUGCUGGGAGAGAACGAGAGGCAUUGGAAAGCUGUGCUUGUUGUACUGACUGAGAAGGAUCUCUUGAUGUACGAGAGCAUGCCACGUAUCAAGGAAGCUUGGUUCGGUCCUCUUCAUUCAUACCCUCUGCUGGCCACCAGGUUGGUACAUUCAGGACCUGGGAAAGGCUCCCCCCAGGCCGGGAUGGAUUUGUCCUUUGCUACCCGUACGGGUACGCGGCAAGGAAUCGAAAGUCAUCUCUUCAGGACGGAGACCGGCAGGGACCUCUCGCUGUGGACACGGAGCAUAGUUCAGGGUUGUCACAACGCUGCGGAACUCUCAAUGGAAAUCACUACCGCUUGCACCUACAAAAGCCAGGAAUGCCGUUUGACCAUUCAUUACGAACACGGAUUCUCCCUCGCAGCUGAACCCCAAGAUGGUGCCUUUCCCAAAACCAUUCUGCAGUUUCCCUACGAGAAGCUAAAAAUGUCCUCGGACGAUGGGAUUCGGAUGCUUUACUUAGACUUUGGAGGAAAGGAAGGAGAAAUUCAACUGGACCUUCACUCUUGUCCAAAGCCAAUUGUGUUCAUCAUUCAUUCAUUCCUUUCGGCCAAGAUUACAAGACUUGGGUUGGUAGCAUAAGCACAGUCUGAAGGAAGAACGGAGGAGCUGCCUGCACAAUCUAAAUGGCAAGGAACAUCUAGGCAACAGCAAAAGUUUCUAGGAUUAUAUAUAUAUUAUGCACAGGAGCAAUACCCGCGUUUGGACCAGCUACCAAAACGGAGCACAGAAAGGAGCAAGAGUUGCCGAGAUGCUCAAGAGCAGGACAUUUGCUUCGACUAACAACACUGCAGGGGAAACAAAAUCGAUUGCUUGUAAAUAAGAUAAAUAAAUAAAUGAAUGAAUGAAUAUUGAAGGAGUAAAUAGCUUAAUACUGCAGUGUGGCAUUUCCAGUAUACAUAACUGUGCCUGUAGCAGUGCUAAGAGAGCAGUGAUUUUCAAACUGGGCUCUGAGAAACUCUGGAAUGCUUCGGUUAGAAAAUCAGCAAUGUGAGAACAGCUCCGCUGAAGUCCACCAUUUUCCCUGGCAUCGCCCAGCCGCAGUGGAGCAACGGUCAACUUUAGGGUGGCCCUCUCUGUUCAUGUGUCAUGACAACUACUCCCCACAGAUGGGGCCGACAGUCUUUGUGGACUGAUAAAGUGUGUCCCAAAACAUCCCAGAAAUCUGCAGCCCAAUGUGGGUGAGGAGCAUCGGUUGAACACAGAUGUGGGCAGGGGUUCUGAGAAUAUGAAGUUUGAAAACCACUGAUGAGUGAAAAUAAGGGCUAGGCAGAUAGGAGAGCACAGUAAGCAUUUUAUCCACAGAAGAUCUGGUGGAAAAGUUGUCAAGAUCUUGUGCACCCGUGGACUUUGUAUCCGCUGAGCCAUCCUUCCGUUUUCAGAAAACAACACUUUCCUGCCAUGAAUGCACCAGCAGAGUAGUUUGCUUGUCCAGACAAAGGUGGGAAUGGUUUGGAAAUCUAGUUCUCUGUGAACAUUGCACGAAAGGGCACUAUUCCCAGGUGGAGAGGUCACACUUAGGCAGCAUUGCCAAGCCAGUCAGUCAUGACCAGAGCGGGGGGGGGGGACCUCAGAAGUGUCCUUAAGUACUGUAGCUUAAGGGUUACAAUGGCCACAUGUAACAUUUGGCGGUAGAAGCCGCUGUGCCCGCUCAAUUAAUAAAUCCAAGCAAACUUUCAUAAAACGGAGUUGCUCAGUUAACAGUAAUAACUUGUGGUGAGAGAAUCAGUAUACGUGAAAUUAUGUGAUUCAUUUCAAAUCGUUCUAAUCUAAAGACAUUGAAGGCAGCGAAGAUCCUUUUGGAAGAAUUUUAAGAUGGGGAGGCUCAUUUUGAAUUGAGCUUUGGCUAAAGGUCCUUCAGUGGUGAUGCUUUCCGCUGACAGGCGAGCCAUUCCAUGCGCCAAGGCACAAAGGAAGAGCUCUUUAAUACCUUCCUUCCCAGCAACAAACUUUGGCAACUCUUUAUUAUGCCGUUUCACUCCCAUUUGCGGCUUCUUGAUCCAAGUAUAGGAUCUGAACAGCUGUAGUGUAAGAACACCAGCAGCACUCGGGAGCAGCCAGUCACCACCAUGGCAAAGUACCAUUUUAUUGGGCUGGAACAGACCCAGGGAAGCGGGUGGACUUAAUUCAGUCAUGACUAACUUGCCCAUUGAUGUCAAUGGGUCUCCUCUGAGUAUGACUUGGUUGGAUACGACCCCCAAAGAAUAUUGCUUGAAUGCAGUCUUCCAAACGCAUCAACACUAAAAACCCUAUCUUGUACACACACAAAAAGGCAGAAAAUGUGAUCGGGAGACCCUGAGCUGUUGGCUUUCAGUAUAACAAUUAUCCUUAUUAUUCAAGCUUCCUGGAACAUUGCUAAUUUUUCCGAUGUUGAUUCCCUCUGACAGACAAAAGGGAGCUCAGUUGUGUUUCAUUUUAAUUGUGUUCCCUGGAAGUGGGACACGACAACUAAAUCUCUUUUUAGAGUUAUUUUUGUACAUGGGGGGAAAAACAUUGUUUUAUAUACAGAAGAUACCAAACGGGUUCCGUAUUACGGCGCAGAUCUUAACCAUGGCUAACGGAUCAAAUGUUGCUUAGCACAUCAUGCACUUAACUUCAUCCAGAACUGAGCAUUAAGCCAGAGUUUCCUAACCAGGGUUUGAAGCUAAUAAUAAAACCCUGGUUGUAGAGUAUAUGCUUGGCAUUAAUAACAGCUAUGCCUGGUACAGGUGUAAUUGUUAAUGAUGGUAAAUGCAGGCAUGGUGCAGGCAGAGAAGGGAAAGUACUGAAGCCCUUGAGAAGGGAGGGAUAUGAUAAUAGUGGUCUUCCAA